AUGCGCCUGCGGAGAUUGGUAGAAACCAAGAGCAGCGGCAAGUGCCAUGUACCUCCAGAGGUAGUUGCAGACUACAAAUCUGGAGGGGAGCUUCGAGAAUGGCUCGAAAUCGCGCUUUUGGAGUCAUUGAAAAAAAUUGGAACAUCACGGCAGUGUUUCAACCCCAUGAAGGCAGACUUCAAGCUUCGCUGCAAGAUCGUAAAGGAACGAAUGCUCCAGAAGGAGAAGGAGGUGAAGGGUAAAUGGUGGACGAAGGAAAAGAUGGUGAAAAGUGGAGAAUAUAGCCCGCAAAGCAUCCAAUCCAUCUGCGAUUAUUGCUCGCGCUUUCCACAAGCCCUUACAAGGGCUUGGAAGUAUAACUCAUCGGUGACGGAGUACUUUCUGGAGGACGAAACCACCACGGUUUUGCGAAUGAGUGAGAGAGUCACCGAGACGCAAGAGCAAGAGAAGGACUGCGUGUGCGUGUGUGUGGGUGGGGGUCAGGAUCGAUGCAAAGGUGUGGUUUCAUGCAACCUUGCCAAAUCUGCACACGUACAGUCACACAUGCGCAAUGUAUCGCCAGGAUGCAGAUGGCCGUCCUGA